GCCACACUCCACGCCACUUCUGCUAAAAAACUACGCGAAAAAUAUGCCAUAAAAAGUUAGAAUUUAACGUAUUUAUUUAUCUUUCGCGGAUAACGAAGUGCGAAGUAGCACCGGGGCGUAUACAGCUCCAGACCCCAGCCUCUUCCAUCGACCGAGGACUCCCAGCAAACCGGCAGGAAGAUGGCGGAUCCGCUCAGUCUGCUGCGGCAGUACAACAUAAACAAAAAGGAGAUUGUCGAGCGCGACAGCCAGAUCAUCUUUGGCGAGUUCUCCUGGCCAAAGAGCGUGAAGACCAACUAUCUCAAAUAUGGCUCCGGCAAAAAGGGUGCUCCACGUGAGUACUACACGCUGGAGUGCCUGCUGUACCUGCUCAAGAAUGUUAUGCUGCAGCACUCCGUCUAUGUGCGCCAGUGUGCCGCAGAGGAUAUACCCGCCGUGAAUCGUCCGGAUCGUAAAGAACUGUUGGCCUAUCUCAACGGCGAGACACCAACGUGUGCCAGUAUCGACAAGAGUGCUCCACUAGAGAUACCCACCCAGGUGAAACGUGCCGCUGAGGGUGAACCCUCCAGCGUUGAGGUGGCCGCCAAAAAGGCCCGUUUCGAGGAGACGCAAGUGCAGAAGGUGCGUGAACAGUUGGCCGCCCGUUGGGAUGUUAACCAAAAGGAGACCGCCGUUAACAUGGACAACAUCAAGUCACUGUCCGAGACGAUGUCCGUUGAGAAGAUCGCUGCCAUCAAGGCUAAGCGUCUGGCCAACAAGCGAACCACCAUAAAACGGACUGAUAAUGAUGAGACCAUGGGCACAGACUUGCGUGCCAUCCUGGACUACGAUGUGGAUUCCACAAAAGAUAUCAUCAGCAGGGAGCGACAGUGGCGCACGCGAACCUCUAUAUUACAAAGUACGGGAAAGAUAUUUGCAAAGAAUAUAUUCGCCAUGCUACAGGGCAUCAAGGCGCGCGAGGAGGGCCGCAAUCGUCCUCAGGCGCCUAAUCCCAUCAAGAUGCCGGAACCGGCGCGGAUAGCCAAACCGCAACCACAGCUCUCGCAGUACAAUCGUUACGAUCAAGAGCGAUUCAAUCGACAAAAAGAGGAAACCGAGGGCUUUAAGAUCGAUACGCUGGGAACGUACCACGGCAUGUCGCUGAAAUCCGUGACGGAGGGUUCACUAGCACAGCGCAAGGCGCAAGCGAACAAUUUGCCGGGAGCGCCUGGUGGAAUCCCUGGAGCACCCGCCGGUCGGCCCAAGGAACUGCUACCCACGGCCCAGGCCCGACAGCUGCCCGCCAAUGGACCAACGAAGCGACCUUCUCGAACCCCCAUCAUUAUUAUACCGUCUGCCAAUACAAGCCUCAUCACCAUGCUCAACGUAAAGGACAUUCUGCAGGAGCUCCGCUUCAUGUCCACCGCCGAGAAAAAAAUGCAAGGCUGCCAGCGCGAGAGCGAAGUGCUGUUACAGCGAAAGCGGAACAAUCAGACUGUGUCUUACCGGGUGAUAGACAAUCCUAUCAAACUCUCGCAACAGGACUGGCAACGGGUGGUGGCCGUCUUCGUUAUGGGACCACAGUGGCAGUUCAAGGGCUGGCCCUGGGAAGGCAAUCCUGUUGAGAUAUUUUCCAAAAUUUGCGCCUUUCAUUUGUGCUUUAGCGAGCUGAAAUUGGACUCCAAUGUGGAGCGUUGGUCUGUGACACUGCUCCGACUCUCGCAAAACAAACGACAUCUGGAUCGUGCCGUGCUUAGCAAAUUCUGGGAAACUUUGGACAAAUAUAUGGCCAAAUACAAACCCGAUCUAAGGUUUUAGCCCUAGCUGCUUCUUUUGAUCGUUUUGCUGAAUCUUUAUUGCAAUGAUGACAUCUGCACAGUUCCCAAAACCACACCGGGAUUAGUUUCCACAAUUCUAUACGAUACGUAACUUUCUAAUAAGUAUUGCAAUCAAGUUACAUCAUGCGCUCAGCUUGACUAGGAAAGACCAACCGUAACUGGGUCUUUAGGCCCGUCCAAUUUCCCGUUUAUAUCCCUGUCCAGGAUUCUCUCUCGCUUUUGGCAGCAGUAGAAACCGCUGGCCUGCGAUAGUGCAAAUAGGGCCGCGGCCAGUUUAGAGCUUAAGAUAAAAAGUUUGUCGUUCGACUUGUACAAUGUAAACUAUAAAAAAGAAACGGAUCAGAAAUCAAUUAAUUUGUAUUUUUAGUGAUAAUAAACAGUUACAAGACAUUUUGUUUUGCUUAUGCAGCCAUGUGGUUAACAUAAUGCGCCGCGAUCAAAAAUAA